GACGAUUAUUGCGAAAUUGUACAAUUAGGAAGACGAGGUGUUCGUCGCUGCGAUGUUACAGUAUUCUACAAGUCUGUAGGACGAGGAGGUAAAUAAAGCGUUUUCUACCUUUGUUUGACCAAAACAGGGAAUUGCGUAUGUUGUAAAGAUGUCCAAUGCCUUGCUUUGUUUGAUAGAAUUUGACGUAGACGGAGGAACAAUUUUCUUGGAACAAAAACGUUCAGGAAAUCGACUAUUGACCAUUGUGUCCAAGAAUGGGGAUACAAUUGAACUCACUCGAGAGAGGAGAGGAGGUAAAUAAUACUGUUUAUUUCCCUUAGUUGUUGAGAUCAAGUGCAAAUGAAUGACUAAAAACUUAAAAUUUUUCUCCAAGAAUACCACAUACAUACUGACGGAUUUUGGAUCACAGAACCGGAGAUUGUUUGGGUAGACAACUAAACACAAGGUACGAAAUUGACAUUGCAGUUCACAAGAAUUAAGCCGUAUUUCAUCGCGUAAUACGCGGAAUACUACAGACGUUGUGACGCAGCCAUUUCUCCGAUGUGUGUAACGUCGCGGAAGAGAAGAUACUUGUGCGCGCCCUCUUUACAAUAUAUACUAUUAAGCUAGGACGUCAGCAUGAAAAAAGAAUGUAGCUCAAACGUGCAAAAAAGUAAGAUGCAGUGUCACAGAACUGAAAUAUCUUGACUUAAACUAAUGUAAUUGCAAUUGUCCUUUUAUUCAGUUCCAGACGUUUUGAAGAGGAGCCUUAACCUUCGAUUCUCCAUUUAAUUUUUAGUGGACAAAGCGUGGUUGAAUGUAUCUGUUCUUAGUUCGUGGAAAUUAAUCAAAAUAAAUGGUUUUUAAUGUUAAGAAAGGAAGCCGUGGAUUAUUUUCUGCCCCACGCAAGCAUAAAUUAACCUGCGCUACAAAUAACGAUCUUUACUAUUACGUAAACGCGCACCUUACUUCAAGCAAACGCGCGUGGGUGUCAAAAAUAAAAAACGGAAAACAAUGUAAAAAACCUCUCACGUGAUAAUGACGUCAACGGUACAAAACAUGCGCUAAAGCUAUGGCCCAAACAAUCUUAUUAGAAGAGAAACUACUUUCUAAGCAAAAAAGGCGAACAAAAUGGGAGAUGGAUACAACCCAAAUGAGCCAGAACACGCAAAAUACUGCGAGGUAAUCCAAAUAGGAAUCGACGAUGACACAGCAGAGGUCACGAUAUUUUACACUCCAGAAAGAGGUCAGUUCCAUUUCAUCUUUUCGUCUGGUUUUAUUCCGACUACUGCGAAAUGAACUAGCCAUUAACAAAUCGAGUUCUUUACACAUUUUCAGAAUUUCAAGUCUCGAACGGAUAUGUCGCUGAAAGUAAAGACGAGACUAACAACGGAAGACAGUAUCGAAGACUUAAGCUUGUUACAUCCAAGGCGAACGUUCUUGAGAUCAGAAGAUAUAAAGAUAAUGGAGGUAGCGUCCGUACUCACAAUCAACGCAGUAAAGUCUACUCAGUAAAUUUUCUCUGAGAAGACAUAAUAAACUCAAAAGAUAGAACCGCCUUGUUUUGCAAAAUAAACCAGAGGAACACAAUGCUCAGUAGCUUUUGUUUGAGCGGUCGCAAAUUAGGUUUUCAUCCAUAGACUCAAAAGUUAGAACCACCUUGUACAGCAUGAUGAAAAGUACCAUAGGAAAAUAUUGCUCAGUAGCUCUCGUUUCAGUGGUGAAAUUAUAGGACUUCGUGUACAUACCGAAAUUUGGAUAAGACACUGAGGGAGUUUUAAAUUCACUUUUGCAAUUGAUAUUCAAAUACAUCUACAACAAACUCUUCUUUCCUUUCCUUAUAUUAAAGAAUACUUCGUUGAUGCACGAGGAAAAAACUUUAACUUUGAUGGGAGAAGGGUAAAAGUCUAA